CUAUCGCGGAGCAGCGAGGAUAAGGAAUAAGGAAUCAAAACUGGACAGAGUGAGUUCAGGCCCCUCGGAAAGCUGUGUCGAACAAGCCACCCGCACUUGUGCCUACAUGGUUCCCUCUUCCUUAGUCAUGUCGAUAUCAUGUAGUCAUGGCUUGAAGGGAACGAGAAACCGAACGAUUCAUGAUUUAGGUCUCGAUAACGGCGGUAACGGUUGCGUUGUCGAAGUGGCAAGAGCCAAGUCAAAACAAAUGAACGACGGGCAUCGAGCAGCAAAUCAGGACUGUGAAUCGGAGCAACUGGCUGGAAGUACUAAGUAAGUUGCAGCACAAUGUGGAUGAUGAUGGAAUCCGGAAGUUGCGAACAGUUGACCUGGAAGGUUUUCUGGCUUGGAUCGCGGGAUGGGCU